AAGGAGUGUAGCAAGUAAAUGUUAAUCGUAAAGUGUUGUUUAUAAAUUAUUUGAAGAUGAUGGGGAUGAAUGUAGAUAGUAAUUUUCCAAAUCAUCUUAAGGAUAGCUGUACGAAGCCAACUACUAGUGAUAUAUUCCAAGAUCUCCUUUCGACUUUUCAUUUUAUGGUCGCAUCCACCUGUUUAGUUUCUGACAAGUGGGAGCCGAGUGUAGACAUCAAGGAUGGUGAUACAUUUAAUUUUAUAAUUGUCGGGGCAGGAUCAGCCGGAUGUGUUGUGGCUAAUCGCCUAAGUGAAGUUAAGAAGUGGAAAGUAUUAUUAAUAGAAGCUGGUGGUGACCCACCAAUAGAAUCUUACGUGCCUCAUUAUGACCAACAUUUAUUUGGGACUGACUCCGAUUGGCAAUACAAGACUACUCCAACAGGAAAAAGAAAUUGUGCAAAUGUCGGAGAAAGUGUAAAUUGGCCUCGCGGAAAAAUGCUCGGUGGAUCAAGUGGAAUUAAUAGUAUGAUAUAUUUUAGAGGUGUUGCUAAUGAUUUCAAGAAAUGGUUCGAUCUCGGUAACAAGGAAUGGUGUCCAGAUAUUGUUUUUAAAUACUUUAAAAAAUUAGAAAGUCUCCAAGAUCAAAAUUUGUUACAAAAUCCUCAAAUAAGAGACCUCUAUGGAUUGAAUGGACCUCAAGUUAUUAACACAUUUAAUUGGACAGACGAAAAAGUAUUUGAAAAUGUUUUCAAUUCGUUCAAUCAAAUUGGCUUACAAAUUCAAGAAGAUUUACAGUUGGCUAAUCUUCUUGGAGCAGGACUAUCUAGAGAUACUGCUUAUAAUGGAAGAAGAGCUAGCACAGCUACAACGUAUUUAAGUCAAAUACAACACAGAGAAAAUUUUAAGAUAAUGAAGAAUGCUUUUGUUGUAAAAAUACUACUAGAUGAUAAGUCUAAAGCCUACGGAGUAGUAGUCAAAUACAAAGGUGAAGAAAUUAAAGUAUUUGCUUCAAAUGAAGUUAUUAUAAGUGCAGGAUCUAUCAAUUCACCACAAUUAUUAAUGCUGUCAGGAAUAGGAGAGAAAAAACAUUUGGAAUCAAAAAAUAUCGAUUGUAAAGUGGAUUUACCAGGAGUAGGUAAAAAUUUACAGGAUCACAUUAUCAUUAAUGUUCCAGUAUUUGGCAGGAAGCCUCGCUCUGAAAACUAUAUUGAUAAAUAUUUGGAUGUUGCGCGUUAUACUUAUAAUCGUACAGGCUAUUUAGCGCACUCCAGUGCUCCUCAUGUUAUAGCAUUUUAUUCCAGAAACAAAAACGCUACAUAUCCAGAAUUCCAAGUGCAUUUGGAUAUAGCUGAUAAAAAUUCGUCAUAUGCAAGAAGUAUAUUUUCCAUAUUUAAAGAACCAAUAAACCAAAGUUUCUGCGAACUGACUGAAAAGUAUGAUUCCUUUAUUUUUCGUUUUAACCUGCUACAGCCACGUUCAUAUGGAAAUAUAUAUUUAAAUACGAGUAAUCCAUUCAAUCAUCCGUUGAUAUACGCAAAUUAUUUAGAUGACGAAAGAGAUAUUGAAGCUACCGUAGAGGGAAUUCGGAUGCUGACUGCUAUCAUUGACACUGAUUAUUUUAAAAGUAUUAAUGCAUUUCUUGGUAGAUAUAAUUGGCCAAAAUGCAAUGAAUACAAACUAAAUAGUUACGACUAUUGGAAAUGUAUAUCUCCAGAAGUUACAGUUACAAUUUAUCACCCUGUGGGAACAUGUGCGAUGGGUCCUGAUUCAAGUUCAGCAGUUGUAGAUAGCCGUCUGCGGGUACACCAUGUCAAAGGAUUGCGUGUUAUUGACGCCAGUAUAAUGCCCAAUAUCACAAGUUGCAAUACUAACGGACCAACGAUUAUGAUUGGUGAGCGUGGCUCUGAUUUAAUAAAAGAAGAUUAUGGAAUUGUGGAAAGAACUGAAGAUUUCUGUCUAUGAUAUAUGAAGGUUCCAGUUUACUUCAAACGUGGUUGAUAUGAAUCCUGUUAACGACUAGUAUUUUCAUUAAUCUAUUAAGAAAUCUCAUUCUCAUUAGAUUAAAACAAUCCUUCAAGAACCGAGCGUAUCACCAUCUCAAAGGCCGGCAACACAUCUGCGGUUCCUCUGGUAUUGCUGAUGUCCAUGGUCGUCGUAGGACAACUCGGUGUACCCGCUGCUCGUUUUCCCCUCCUGUUAUGAAAAAAAAUCUUCAAUCUUCUGUUGUUCUGUGUUAAGAUAAAGAAGUCGAUGCUAUCAUAAAAAAUACUUGAUUUAAGUAACAUUUGCUAUAAAAACAUCAUCUCCUUGUCCUAAUCCUCUU